GCUAGGAUGGCGAGGGAUCGAAGCUUUCUCUGAAAGGGAAAGCAGCGAGGAGCGAGAGAGAGAGAGAGAGAGGGGAGAGAGGCAGUGGGGUGCAGUGCAGUCAAAGCUGGCAUGGCAUUUAUCUCUCUCUCCUCUCUCUGACUCCGAAUUGUGUAUUCCCAUUUUCUUUCCCACUCAAUUCAAACCCCAGAAAAGCUUAUGAAAAUAGAGCAGUACUACGCCGAGAGGCGAUAGAUUUUGGGAGCUAGUACUGGCCCCGUAUAUAUAACCUCCUCUCUCUUCUCGCCUUCUCGCCUUCGAUUGCCCAUCCGGCCUUCCUACCUCCUCGCCCUCCCCAUCCCCCCUCACCUUCUCUCUCCGUGUCCUCCCCUCGCUUUCGGAUCGAUUCAGGCUACGCGUGGGUUGCGCCGAUUGAUGCGAGGGAGGCAAUGGCGGUGUCCUCGCCUUCUUCUGCUCCGGAGAAGAAAAGGAAGUGGCUGCUCAGCAACAGGAAGGUGAUCGACAAGUACCUGCGGGAGGCGAGGAAGAUUCUUGCGGCGGCGCCGGAGGGCGGCGGCGGGGACGCGGUGGCGGCGCUCGGCCUGGUGGACGCGGCGCUGGAGCUGUCGCCGCGGAUGGAGGCCGCCCUGGAGCUGCGGGCGCGCGCGCUCCUCGCGCUGCGACGCUACAGGGAGGUCGCGGAGAUGCUCCGCGAUUACAUCCCCAGCUGCGGCAAGUCGUGCUCGGGCGAGGACACCUCGUCGUCCUCGUCGGCGUCCCUCCUGUCCACGGGCUCCGGUGACCUCGGCACGAUUUCCCGUGCCAAGCUCCUCUCGCCCGACCGCCACCGCUCCGACGACGCGGAGCCUGACGCUCGCCCUGUCCGCUCCUUCCGCUGCUUCGACAUCUCCGAGCUCAAGCGCCGCGUCCUUGCCGGCCUCUCCAAGAAUCCCAACACGGAGACCCAGUGGAGGUACUUGGUCCUGGGCCAAGCUUGCUUCCACCUCGGCCUCAUUGAGGACGCUAUGGUGCUGCUCCAGACCGGCCGCCGCCUGGCCUCGGCGGCGUUCCGCCGCGAGAGCGUGUGCUGGUCGGACGACAGCUUCUCGUCGUCCGCCGCCGCCGCCGCGGCUCCCUCCGUCCCGUCCGGCAAGACAUCCAAGUCCGGUUCGGCGUUCAUAAUCCCGGCGAUGGAGUCGGAGGCCGUGUCCCAGCUGCUGGCGCACGUGAAGCUCCUGCUCCGGCGCCGCGCGGCUGCCAUGGCCGCGCUGGACGCCGGUCUCCCUGCCGAGGCUGUGCGCCAUUUCACCAAGAUCCUCGAGGCACGCCGUGGCGUGCUGCCGCACCCGUUCGCCGCCGCCUGCCUCGUCGGCCGCGCCGCCGCGUUCCAGGCCGGUGGCCGUCCUGCGGACGCCAUCGCGGACUGCAACCGUGCGCUCGCUCUGGACCCUGCCUACAUUCCGGCGCUCCGUGCCCGCGCCGACCUCCUCCAGUCCGUGGGCGCGCUCGCCGACUGCCUCCGUGACCUCGACCACCUCAAGCUCCUGUAUGACGCCGCGCUCCGCGACGGCAAGCUUCCGGGUCCCCGGUGGCGGCCGCAGGGCGGCGUGCGGUACCGCGAGAUCGCCGGCGCGCACCGCAAGCUGACGGCCCGCAUCCAGGGGCUGCGCAGCCGCGUCGCCGCCGGCGAGGCGUGCAACAUCGACUACUACCUGCUGCUGGGCGUGCGGCGCGGGUGCACGCGCUCCGAGCUGGAACGCGCGCACCUGCUGCUCUCCCUGAAGCUCAAGCCUGACCGCGCCGUGGUGUUCGGGGAACGCCUUGAGCUCGUGGACGAGCACCGCGACCUGGAGGCGGUGCGUGACCAGGCGCGCAUGUCCGCGCUGCUGCUGUACCGGAUGCUGCAGAAGGGCUACUCGUUCGUCAUGUCAGCCGUUCUGGACGAGGAGGCCGCCGAGAGGCAGAGGGCAAAGGACGCCGCCGAGGCCGCAGCUGCUGCCGCGGCUGCCGCGCUGGCGGCCAAGCAGGAAGCCGCGAAGCAGGAACCACCACAGCAGCCCGUGGUGCCUGAGAAAUCCAAGAACACGGAGACGGAGAGCGGGCGUCCUAGAAGCCCACCGGGCCGCGCGCAGACGGCGAACGCAAAACCGAAACCGAAGGCCAAGGCCGCGACCACGGCGACAAUGCCGGCGGCGGCGGCCGUGACGUCCACAGCCCCUGUUUACCAGGGGGUGUUCUGCCGCGACAUGGCGGUGGUGGGAACCCUGCUGUCCCGCGGCGGCGGCUUCGACCGCGCGCUGCCGGUGAAAUGCGAGGCGAUGAGCUGCUGACGGAAGCCAUCGUGUCUCCGGCGUCCUACACAACACAUGACAUGUGCGACGUGGCGUGCACCGAGACGGAGACAGGUGGGAACGUGAGAUCCAGCGAGGUGGCGGGAAAGCGGUGAUGCGUUUGAAUUGUUUGGUCGUCCAGCUCGCUGUUGUACAGUUUGGGGGAAGUGGGAUGGGUAUUGGCUGGGAGAGGAGUGGGACUGACGGCAAAUGGCGAGAGGUAAAAAAAUUGUUGGGAUGCAGGGUGAUGGGGAGCUAGUGGACGGUAAUUUUUGCUGCAUCUUCAUGAAUUGAGUUGUUUACAUUACACAAGUGCUUUGUACCUCGCCGUCGUUGCCUCGUGCUGCAGGUUUCACGCUGAAACCUGACCCGUCUGCUGUGUACUGUACAGACUUUCACUCGUUGAUUGUUUUUUUCCGCAAUGCAAGAUCAGAAUCUGCACUCA